ACAGUACCAGACACAGCACGCAGCAUCAACAGGCGCAUGCCAUUGUCAUCGCGUCUCGGACUAUCGGCAGCUCUCUCGGUCGCCUCGCCAUCUCAUCUUCGCCCCUAUCGUCGCGUCUCCCCCGUCCGAGCCAUGGCUUCCGCAUCCUCCAAAGGCGGCUUCGUGUCGCUGAGCAACCGAUGCAAUGACAGCAAGUCGCCCUAUGUCCGGUCGCACGCGAACAACCCUACCGCAUGGCAACUUUGGAGCCCGGAAACGCUCGAAUUGUCCAAGCGAACUAACCGCCUGCUCUUCGUCUCGAUUGGCUAUUCCGCAUGCCAUUGGUGCCAUGUCAUGGCUCAUGAGAGUUUUAUGAAUGACCGCAUCGCUCAACUGCUCAACGAACACUUCAUCCCUGUCAAGGUCGAUCGCGAGGAACGUCCUGAUGUUGAUAAGGUCUACAUGGACUUCUUGCAGGCUACUACCGGUGGCGGUGGCUGGCCACUGAACGUAUUCGUUACCCCGGACCUACAACCUCUGUUUGGUGGUACCUACUGGCCUGGUCCGAAGAGCGAGCGUGCUCAUCAUGGUGGUGGUUUUGAAGCCAUCUUGACCAAAGUGGCUAGCGCCUGGAAAGAGCAAGAGUCGCGAUGCAGAGAAAGUGCUUCCAACAUUACCGACCAGCUGAGGCAAUUCGCUCAGGAGGGUACGCUUUCCGGCAGGAGAUCUGGCGAGGGCGUUGAUGGAAGCGACGACAGCCUCGAGCUGGAACUUUUAGAAGAAGCCUAUGACCACUACCACUCCAGAUAUGACGAACAACAUGGCGGCUUUGGUGGUGCUCCAAAGUUUCCCACUCCUUCGCAUCUAUCCUUCCUGUUGAGGCUGAGUGAAUGGGAUGGCAUUGUCAAAGACGUUGUUGGCGACGAUGCUGUACAGAAUGCUCAAAAGAUGGUCGUCAAGACUCUCGAAAACAUGGCGAAGGGUGGAAUCAAGGAUCAGGUUGGCAAUGGCUUUGCCAGAUACUCCGUCACUAAAGACUGGAGUUUGCCACAUUUCGAGAAGAUGCUUUAUGACAACGCUCAGCUAUUACCCGUCUACCUCGAUGCAUGGCUGAUAACCAAGAACCCUCUCUUCCUUGAUAUGGUUCAUGACAUCGCUACAUACCUGACUUCACCACCUAUUCAUUCCUCUAAUGGUGGUUUCCAUGCCUCCGAAGAUGCUGAUAGCGCGCCAAGCGCCUCGGAAAAGGAGCACAAGGAGGGUGCUUUCUAUGUGUGGUCGCACUCAGAAUUUGGCAAGGCUCUGGGUGACGAGAAACUCGCCGAAAUCCUCGCCAAGUACUGGAACGUAAAGCCUAACGGAAAUGUCAGCCCAAAGCAUGACAUUCAGGGCGAGCUCAAGGGACUUAACACGCUUUGUGUGACUUCAUCGAUUUCGGAUCUUGCCCAGCAAUUUGGUUUGUCUAAGCACGACGCAGAAAGUGCCAUCCAGACUGGUCGUCAAAGACUGUCAGACUGGCGUGAUCAGCAUCGUCCUCGUCCCCUUCUUGACGACAAGAUUGUUGUUUCCUGGAACGGUCUGGCCAUUGGCGGUCUCGCUCGUACCAGUGCAGCCUUGAAGGAAUCUGACACGCAAGCAUCGAAGAAGUACCUCGAGGCUGCGAUUUUGGCGGCCAACUUCAUCAGAAAGGAGCUUUACGACUCGGAAUCUCAAACAUUACGGCGUGUAUACCGCGAAGGUCCAGGUGCCACUGCAGGAUUUGCUGAUGAUUAUGCAUUCCUCAUCAGUGGUCUGAUUGACCUUUACGAGGCCACCUUCGACGACUCCUACCUUCAAUGGGCCGAUGAGCUACAACAAUCGCAGAUCAAGCAUUUCGCUGACAACGAGAGCGAGACAAGAGGUGGCUUCUUUGGCACACCGGCUCAUGCACCCGACAUUUUGAUUCGCAGCAAGGACGCCAUGGACAACGCGGAGCCUAGUGCCAAUGGCGUCAGCGCAACGAACCUGUUCAAGUUGUCUUCUUUGCUCGACGAUUCUCGCUACUCUAGCCUUGCCAAACGCACGGCCAAAGCCUUCGAGGUUGAGAUGGUGCAGCACCCCGGCCUCUUUACUGGCCUGAUGGGCGUCAUUGUCAACUCACAACUCGACGUCAAGCCUAUCGUGAUUUCGGGAACCGAGUCUAGCUCUGAAGUUCAGGGUGCUCUAAAACAGCUUCAGCAGAUGGUUCGCCCCGGCUCGACAGUGGUCAGACUAGGUGGCGAUAGCAAGAGCGAUUGGCUCCGACAGAGAAACGAGCUUCUCAGCUCGAUUGACCAAAACAAGGAUAUGGUUCAGAUCUGUGAGGGCACAAGCUGCAAGUUGGUCAAGGCAGCUGAACUCCGGGAAUUAUUGAAGGGUACUCAUGUAUAAAAAUCGGAGAGCUGGAAAGGACGCAAUAUAGGCGCUGUGGUUAAUAUGGAAGGACUGUGAAUGACGAGUUACGACGGUAUAUAUCAUGCAUGUAGGAUGAUCAAGACGAGAUUGUAUAAUGGUCCUGUCUACGAUGUAGACCUGCAAACAUUUUAUGCCCAUCA